AGUCUAUAAAUUAACAUGGUCAAUUAUCCAAUGUCACCGCCGUGAAUAAACUCACACGUAACGCGGUGACAGUUACAACAUUUGCCGCGAGAGGCGUAAGCGUACAGCUGAUUUUUCACCUGAAAUCUGAAAUUGAUCACCAAGAUUGGGAAACACGUGGUUACAUCGUUACGUUACAUGUGCUACGUCAACCAACAUCGAUCAUGAGGAACAAUGCGAGGAAUGUGAAAGAUAAAGGUCGAACUGAGAAAGGUGACAUUGAAAAUAAGCAUCGGGAGAAGAAAUUCGACAAAAAGAAGUACAGAUUACAGAAGUAUAGCAACAAGUAUAAAAUUAAUCAAUGGGAAGAGAGGAGGAAGAAGGCUGUGUUACGCGAAUAUUAUAAAGAACUCAAGAAGGAUCAGCAGAAUUCCACGGGAACGUCGUCAAAUUUAAGUAAUACAUCCAAAAAUGCGAAUGAGACUAGCCAAUUGAAGAAGAGCAAUGCUUUUUUCAAAGCUAAGCGAGAAUAUCAGCGAAAGCAGGAAGAAAAAAAGAGCAGGCUAGAGAAUGCUGUUCGUAUAAAGGCAGAACGAGAGGAAGCCCUGAAGAAGUAUAGAGAGAAGAAAUUACAAAAUUACAAGGUGUUAUCGAAGAAGACGAAGAAGGGACAGCCUGUUAUGAAGGGCAGGAUAGAAAUGUUGCUGGAAAAAAUACAGCAAAUAACGUAAUGUACAAUCGUCUCUUUAUCUUCGAUUAGACUGAUCCAGGAUAUGGUCAAAGUCUCACUACAAAUUCUUUGAAGCUUUUGACCAAUUAAAGAUUAUUUCGAAACAUUUGUAGCAUCAUGUUGACUGUACUCCUAAACACACCGUUGCACAAUGGAGCAUUAUAGAAAUAGUAAAAUGUUUUCAAUUUGUAUAUGAUGUAUAUUGUAUGUUACACAAUGUAAUAUGUAUAGGAUGUUCCAACAGUGACACAUUUUCUUCAAAUUUCAUUAAAUUUUUGUCACACGAGAUUGCUUCCAUAUAUUUGUAGUAUUAUCUUUUAUAUAACUAUAUCAUUUGUAAACUAGAGAGUGACAAUUUCGUGUGCAAUUACUCAUUAAAUUAUAACGGAGGGAAUAGGA